AUGGGAAUGACGAGAGGCCAUUCUAUCGCAGCCAUUUCUAUUGGUACUCUGCAGUUAUUGUUUUCCGUUGCUUUGAUCAUUCCCUCUUUCGUUCUUUCGAAUUAUGGCAACCAUUACGACGUCGACACAUCCAUGACGCCAUAUUGGAGUGGGUUUCCGGUGAGUGUGGAAAGAUUUCGUUUUCGUUUUCGUUUACUUGCAAAUCUGUGGUGUAGAUAGAGGGUUUUCGAAAUUGAUUUAUGUUCUGGGAAGGGUUUUAGAUGUCAGUGAAACCUGUAAAUUAAUUUAUUUCCUCAGUCAAAACCUCAAAUUAAUUAAUUCAGACUUUGCUUAUCUUCUAUUUUGAAUCAUUUAUGAAUGAUGUGAAAGAAACUAGGAUCAUUAGUUAAAUAUCGAGUCUUCUUUCAGUUGAUCUCCGAAUGUACAUGUCACUUGAAACGUUCCGUGACUAGAAUAAAUGUGUAAUGCGCACAGUGAUCCCAUGAUCCAUCUACAGGUGAUUGCCAUUUUAUUAGAAUUACAACAUGGGGAUAUGUUUCAACCUAAAUUAAUUCAAAUCUUCUAUUUUGAAUAUAUAAGUCUUGUUCUGCUCAACAUGGUGUUAAGAUUUGUUGUUCUUUGUUACUCUAAAUUUCUGUUAUAUAUUAAAAAAGCUUUUUAAUUUCCACACCCAACAUUAAGGUAUGUUCUAAAACCUGAAACAGCAAAACAAAACAACUGAAAGGAAAAAGGAAAAACAAGCAAAAAAAAAAACAAAACAAAGCAAUAGUAAAGACCAAAAUGAAAUGACUGUUAUGACCAAAACAAAACCACUACCAUAAUUGAGACAAGUAUAGGAUAAUAUGUUGCAGAAAAUGAAGACUUCCUUUCAGAUAUUCUCUUGCAUUUGAGACUUUUAAAUAUUAAGGCCAUCUCAUGGAAAAAAAUUUUUGCCACCAUGCUAGCAGUUGAAACCAUAAUUUGACAAUUAUACACAGUAUCCAGAACAGAAUGCCAGUCAUAUGGAAUACCAAAACAUUUAAGGAAAGGAUGAGAAGAAACAGAUAUUGGUAUUAAUUGACAAUAUCUAUGUCCAUAGUUUUUCUGACCUUUUUUUUUUAAAUUAAGGUUUUGUUAAUGCCUUAUACCAAGCUAAUGGCAAUCGAGAGAUAAUUGAAUUUCCUCGCAAGGAGGACCAGGAGUAGACCUAAAUUGUAAUGAGACAAAUAUGAGGGUUGAUACCUGACUCCCAGGGGCAGUCAUUUUAUCAUCAUCAUCAUUAUUAUUUUAUGAUUAUUGACUGUUUUUUCCUGUAUGAUAUUUUGGCAAUAUUUGUCAUAAGGUUUGUUUUGUUUCGAUCGUUUCAUUUUGGUUGUUUCAGUGGUUUUGCUUGUUUUGCUUGUUUCAUUUCGUUUUGCUGUUUCAAGUUUAGUACAUGCCCAACAUUAGGAGUUGAGUGUGGUGAAAAAGGGACACUUGCAGUACUCUUUUAGUCAUUUACUUCUGUGAUUUAAAAAAACUUCUUCAUUUCAAAUGGAAGUAAAAAUUUACAGACUUUGUGUUAAAAAUGAUAACUUAAUGAUAACUCUAAGUUACUCUCAAUUACUAACUACUCUGAGACAGAGCUCCUCACCUCUAAGAACAUAACCCAGAUAUUUGACAAGUUUUCAAGAAAUGCAAGAAAUGGAGAUUAUAAUAAAAUGCUUCGUAAAGGAGACUUCACGACUUAAACUUUAAUUUUUUUAUCAGGAAUUCUUGAUACUGUAGACAUUAUUUUACAAUUAGGAAACACAGACAAAACAGCACAAUUGUUUAAAGGUUGAGGACCACCAGUGUCAUGCUUAGACACAGCAACAAUUACUUAAAAUGAUAUUCCAAAACCUAUUCACCUGUGUGUUUAAGAACAAUGCUAUGCUCAUAACUUUUUUUACUUUUGCUGUAUUAAAAGUGACUUUUAUAUUAUAGUUCUUUCUCUGUGCAAUUUUUGGCAUUUGUGGAGGUGUUACCAAGAACCAUUGUUGUGUAAGUGUUACUCUUUGCAAAUAUUUUGUUUUUGUAAAGCUUUUUUUUGUGGUUCUGAAAGAAAAGAAUGAAACGUUUUUGUUAUCUGGUGACUCUAAAAAUUGUCAGAAAAUUAUGGCAUAUUUCCUUACAUUUUUCAUAUUGAAGACUUUUUCAUGUUUGUAUAGUUGCAAUGAUCUAAAUAUGAGAGGGAAGGUAGAGGAAUUUGGGAAAGUUAUGUAAAUCUGAGACACAGAAUUCUUUGAACUCAGAUGACUAUUUAGUACCCUCAGAUAGCCACAUUCAAGAACAUUUUUCUGCAAAUUGUGGGACACCUUUGUGUAUAGCCUAAUAAAGGUAUGAAAAUUUAUGUUAUAAAUGAUUAUUUGAGAGUGAAAACUGAAUGCUAUUAAUUUAAAUUAUAUUUUGUAAUUUAUUCCAGAUGGUUGCAUUUUUGGUCUUCAGCAUUAUUGUCACAGUCAUUUCUGCAAUAGCGUCGAUUGUUGUCACUAUAGCUCUGACCGUUAUAGAUGUUUAUGAUUGCUCAUAUGGCAACAGUUAUGAAGGUAUGUUAGACUCUACCAUUUAAUAACAUUUAUUUUGUAAUGGUGUAAUUUUUUCAUUUCUCCUAUAUUUUUUAACAUUCCAGUUAUUCAAAACAAAAUCUAGCUUUUCUGAAAUUCUGCAUCCUGUGCUAAAAUAUGAUCAGAGGUGCUUUGUUGAUGUCAGUUUUAUUAUAAUAUUGGUGAAAAUUUGCACCACUGGUGUCUCAAAAUGGUAAUUAAUUAAAUUGUAUUGUGAUCUGUCCAUAUAUAACAAAGAUCAAUUAUUGAUCAUUCCCAAAAUUGCAAUAAAGUUUUGUAUCUGGAUUUUGUGAUUUGUUUUAUCACACUUUUGCUCAAACUACAAACACUUCUCUUCAAAAACUUCUCAGCAGGAUCAACUGCUGAGAUUUAUUGCAGAGUGUCCCAAGAUCAACAUCCUGAAAAAUCAACUUGUUUGCUAUAAUUUAGAGGAAGACACUUGGUUGCACAAUUAAAGGCAUAUAAAGUUGCAAUUUGCAUCUUUCUCUACUUUAGUAUCACUUUUCUUUCUUGCUCUUUGGAUUUUUUGGAGUCCUGCAAAACUUCCCCAUGGCUACACAUUGUUGCACAAUGCUUUGUGUAAAUAUUCUUUUCAAGUUAACCUUUUAACUCCCAUGAGUGACCAGGACAGAAGUUCCCCAUAUAAUAUCAAUACAAUAUCAACCAAAUAAGUUAUGAGAAUAAAGGAAAAAAUCAAUCAGGGGAAGAUUCAUUGACCCAAUACUAAGUUCUCUAAACUAACAUUAUAAGAAUUGUAUGGUUGACAGUAAGGAGAAUUACACAUUUGAUCUGGGAAUUAAAGGGUUGAGUGAAUUUAUUAGUGGGGCGAAGAACCCAUUUCAGUAACUCGGUGUCAAAAUUUUUAAGUUUCUAGCCAACACAGACUGCAAAAGGGAGACAAAAAUACUGUAUAUAUGUAAUCCUUUAUAACUCUUGGCCACAAAAUUACAGGAGAAUGGCGAUGCAAAUAAUGAUGAGGGUAGUUCAAUAAUAAAAAAUAUAAUUAAUUAAGGUAAUUUUUAUAUAAUAAUUAUUAUAAGUUUUAUGUCAUCUUGGUAACUCAAUGAACCACCUCUCUGAUCACUGUCAGAGGUAUUAUCUCUAAAAUGACACUCUUUACUGCAGUGGAUGACUGCUCCUACCUGAACGACAUCAGAACUGUGAUUAUUGUGAUCAUGAUUGUCUGCUACAUCUCCACUGCUUUGGCCCUGGCUGGAUCAAUUUUGGGCUGUGUUACAACUUGCUGUGCUCCACCUGUAAGUAGAGAGACAUUUAGAGAUUUGUAGGAUUGAAAGCACUAAAUGAUGCACAAAUUCCUUAAUCUUUUCCUUUCCUUGGGGGAAAAAAACUGCUAAGAAAGAUGUUCAGUUUUUGAGGAGUGGUGGACAAGAAAGAAUCUGAACCCUUCUCAAGCAAAUGAACCACACAUCUUUGUAUAUUGUAGACCACUGCUACUAGUAAUGAUAUGUGUUAAAUACCUCACUGCGUGAGUUAUUGACAACAUUCUAGUAUUACUGGCACUCUGUUUGUAAGUUAUUUAUGCUUGCCAGUAAUGUUGAAAACAGCAAUGAGUAACACACUGACUGAGCAAAUCUUUGCUUCUUUUAGGAUCCCCCCAUGGUGGUUAUUGCUCAGCCAACAAUGGCCCCCACUAGUGUGGUGGUAUCUCAUUCAUCCAUGCAGGUUAGCGGAGGGGCUCCAAUGGCCUACCCCCAGGGUGGUUACCCUCUGAGUGCUUACCCUCAGGGUGCUUACCCUCCGGGUGCUUACCCUCAGGGUGCUUACCCCCAGGGUACUUCUGCUGGACAGGCCAUGUUCACAGAAGAAACAGCACAGACUCACGACAAGGCUCCCUUGGUUGUGUAAACUGUCAUCACAGUUUAUUACAUUAGUUUGAUAUUUCCUUUUUUCUAGGUUAAAUUUGUUGUAAGUUUCAGUGCAUAGUUGGCAUCUAACUCAGUGUGCAGUCAUAAACUAAAGAAUUAGAGCCCUUUGUUAUCUUUUCACAAAGAAAAAUUAAUUCAAAAUAUUUUUUUAUGAAGAAUGAUUCCAGUUUGUUAUGGCAGACGGAUAUUUUCCUCUCCAUUGUUUAUGAUUUAGCAAAGAAGGCUUUGUUUAUUAAUGUAUGUGAUAUGUGACUGUAUUUAACAGAGUUGCUUUUUGGUAAUAAAGCUGAAAAACUUCCUUUAGCUAUUAAAUUUCUAAGCAUUCUUUUAGACACUAGCCUGUCAGAUAGGUUUCAUUUUAUGUUAAUAAUUUUUUUAUAAUAGGUUAUAUAGAAGAGACCAAUUGACAGCUUUGUCCAUGACAUAUACAAAAAUAAAGCAUUUAUUUAGGAUCUAGAGUUGCUCUUCAGAAGAGUGUUCUCUUUGUUUAGAAAAUUGCUACUGUACUCGAUGCAGGUUAGUUAAGAAUUGAACAAGUGAGGAUGAGUGCAGUUUAAAUUGUUGCCAGUAUUUUUUACCACCAAGAGAAAGAAACAGCAAUCAUUUUAAAAGUAUUCUGAUAACUUAAUUAUAUUUCAUUUCGUUAAGAGUAGGCCUGUAUGGUGUAGCAUUUUAUAGAUUUAAGUUAUAUACUACCAAAGGUAGUUUUUGUAUCGGUUUUUUGUGUUAGGUUUUAAAUUUAGCCUAUAUGCCAUGUAUUUUAGUAUAUUAUACCAAAGUCAGCUUGUUGCAAUACUCGAUGCAGUGGUGAUAUAAAGUUUAAUAAAUUGUUUUGUCAUCCCAUGUCAGACAUUUUGUGAGGAGAAUCAUAAGUAAGUUCUUGGGAGUGAAAGGGUUUCUUGAAGAGGGGUUAAUGUUUGUGCUCUCAAUAUCUUCCUGGCUGCCACCAGUGGUUAUCACAAUCAUGCAAUCUCUUGUAGGUAUUUUGGUAAACAUAUAAUUUAAAUUUUCCUCCUACCUUAUUUUGAUGAGCUACUUUGUUUGGUUUAUCACAUUGAUAUUUUGGGAAUACACACAUACUUUGUUUUAGUAGCAUACAAUGAACAGGGUUGGACACCUGCUCAGCUGUGUUACAAGCCACCAGACUAGCAAUUUCUGAAAUUUAUUUGCCUGAAAAGGAACUUUGUUGCCCAGGUCAGCUUUCUUCUUGGG